AUGGCGGCCAAGUCGGACGGCGGCGGCGGGGGCGCGGGGGUCGGCUUCGCCCAGCUGCACAACCUGGACGAGGCGGCGGCGGCCGCGGCGGGGGGCGGCGGCGACGGGGCGGACGAGCAGGGCGGCAGCAGCUCCCUGCACAUCUGCCACUGCUGCAACACCUCGUCGUGCUACUGGGGCUGCCGGAGCGCCUGCCUGCGGAGCCUGCUGGGGCGGGCGGGGGGCCGGGCCGGGGGCGGCGGGGGCACGGACCCGCUGGCCCCGGGCUCCUCCUCCGAGGGGCCGCCGCACUCCCCGGGGGGGCCCGGCGGCGGGGGCGGCGGCGAGCGGCCGUGGCUGGACUGCCUGUGGAUCGUGCUGGCGCUGCUGGUGCUGCUGGGGGACGUGGGCACGGACCUGUGGCUGGCCCUGCAUCACUACGGGCGGCGGGACUACGUGUGGUGCGGCCUGACCCUGGCCUUCGUGCUGCUGCCCUCCGUGCUGGUGCAGAUCCUCAGCUUCCGCUGGUUCGUGCAGGACUACACGGGCGGCGGGCUGGGCGCCGUGCAGGGCCUCAGCAGCCGCGGGCCGCCCAUGAUGGGGGCCGUCGGGCGCCGGCCGGGGGCCGCCGGCACCGUCACCCCGGGGGCCCAGCGCCUCUGCAGGCUCUCCGUCUGGAUCUGGCAGGCCGUCAUCCACCUGCUGCAGAUGGGACAGGUCUGGAGGUAUAUCCGAACCAUGUACCUGGGGAUCCAGAGCCAGAGGCGGAAGGAACACCAGCGGCGCUUCUACUGGGCUAUGAUGUACGAGUAUGCAGACGUAAACAUGCUGCGCCUCCUGGAGACUUUCCUGGAGAGCGCGCCCCAACUGGUGCUACAGCUCUGCAUAAUGAUCCAAAAGAACCGUGCAGAAACAUUACCAUGUGUGUCCUCUGUGGCGUCCCUGAUGUCCCUGGCUUGGGUGCUAGCCUCCUAUCACAAGCUUCUUCGGGACUCUAGGGAUGACAAGAAGAGUAUGAGCUACAGAGGGGCCGUCAUACAUCUCUUCUGGCGCCUCUUCACCAUCUCAUCCAGAGUUAUCUCUUUUGCCCUCUUUGCUUCCAUCUUCCAGCUCUACUUUGGGAUCUUUGUAGUGGUCCACUGGUGUGCCAUGGCUUUCUGGAUCAUCCAUGGUGGGACUGACUUCUGCAUGUCUAAGUGGGAGGAGAUCCUCUUCAACAUGGUGGUAGGGAUUGUGUACAUUUUCUGCUGGUUUAAUGUCAAGGAAGGGCGGACUCGAUACAGAAUGUUUGCAUAUUACACUGUAGUCUUGACAGAGAAUGCUGCCUUGACGCUCCUUUGGUAUUUUUACAGAGAUCCUACAACUACUGACUCAUAUGCCGUGCCAGCACUGUGUUGUGUCUUUCUUAGCUUUGCUGCUGGGAUAGCUUUGAUGCUCUUCUAUUAUGGUGUGCUGCAUCCCAUGGGGCCGAGAGCUAAGAUUUUUGCCAGCUCCUGUUGCGCCGAGCUGCUCUGGGGCAUUCCUUUGCCUCCUGAUGUUGAGCCCAUGGCACCCGAAACCCCUGGGUACCGGGGGGCCCAGGCUACGCCUACCAGAGCGGUCACGGAGCAACAGGAGGAACUCACAGCUGACACUUGCUUGCCAGUUUUCCAGGUGAGAGCAAUGGUGCCAUCUACUCCAUCUGGGCGAGCCUACUACCCAGAAGGCCCUCUCAUUAAGAUUGACAUCCCAAGAAAGAGAUACCCUGCAUGGGAUGCCCAUUUUGUAGACAGGAGGUUAAGAAGAACUAUCAACAUUCUCCAGUAUGUCACCCCCACAGCUGUAGGUAUUAGGUAUAGAGAUGGACCUCUCUUGUAUGAGUUGCUACAAUAUGAGUCUUCACUUUAA